UUCCGGCUCCGGCACCAUGGCUGACUCGUUCCCUGAGGGUGUGUCCGCCGCCUGCGGCGGGAAGAGGCAGCAGUUCGGGAGCCGGUUCUUGAGCGACCCAGCGCGCGUCUUCCACCACAAUGCCUGGUAACUGCCCUGCCCCUCGUCCGACCUGCGGCUUGCCCCCGUCCCGCCGCUCGGAGCGCUUGGAGAAGCCCCUGACCACCGGCCACUGGGACGAUGUGGAGUGGUCGGAAGAGCAGGCCGCGGCGGCAGAGAGGAAAGUGCAGGAGAACAGCGCUCAGCGGGUGUGCCAAGAGAAACAAGUUGAUUAUGAGGUUAAUGCCCAUAAAUACUGGAAUGACUUCUACAGAAUUCAUGAAAAUGGAUUCUUCAAGGAUAGACACUGGCUUUUUACUGAAUUCCCCGAACUGGCACCUUGCCAAAAUCAAAAUCAUUUGAAGGAUUUGCUCUUGGGGAACAAAAGGAAUGAAAUCCAUGAAUGUAGAAGCAGUGAAGAUGGACAUGGCUUAACAGUGGAAGAACAACACAAGUGUCCUUCCACCACCCUUGAAAGUAAAGCACAGAUGUUUUCUGUGGAGGAGAUGGUAACACAGAAACUGAAUCACCUGGAAAUUUGUGCUGAUGAGUUUCCUGGAUCCUCAGCCACCUACCGAAUACUUGAGGUUGGUUGUGGUGCAGGAAAUACAGUCUUUCCAAUUUUACAAACUAACAAUGACCCAGGCCUCUUUGUUUACUGUUGUGAUUUUUCUUCCACAGCUGUGGAACUAGUCCAGACAAAUGCAGAAUAUGACCCUUCCCGCUGUUUUGCUUUUGUUCAUGAUCUCUGUGAUGAAGAUCAGAAUUACCCAUUGCCUCGGGACAGUGUUGAUGUCAUCAUUCUCAUAUUUGUUCUUUCAGCAGUUCUUCCAGACAAGAUGCAAAAAGCUAUCAAUAGGCUGAGCAGACUUCUGAAGCCUGGAGGAAUGAUGCUUCUGCGAGAUUAUGGCCGCUAUGACAUGGCCCAGUUGCGGUUUAAAAAAGGUCAGUGUCUAUCUGAAAAUUUCUAUGUGAGAGGUGAUGGAACCAGAGUUUACUUCUUCACACAGGAUGAACUGGACAAACUUUUCACUACUGCGGGACUAGAAAAGGUUCAGAAUCUGGUGGAUCGCCGUUUGCAGGUGAACCGAGGGAAACAGCUAACAAUGUACAGAGUUUGGAUUCAGUGCAAAUACCGCAAGCCUCUUCUGUCCACCACCAGCUGAGAGGCACCUGUUCCUGACACAACACAAGUUCAUUGUUUGUGGACUUUUAUAAAAAGUACAUCUGUAAAUGCUGGUUUCUUCAUGUUGGACAUUCAAGAAUGUAAACAAGGACCAGAUGCAGUGGCACACCUGUAAUCCUGGCAACUUGGGAAGCUGGGACAAGAGGAUCGCAAGUUCAAAGCCAGCCUCAGCAAUUUGUGAGACCCUCAGCAACUCAGGAAGAUUUUAUUUCAAAAUAAAAAUUAAGAAAAAGAACUUGGAGCUGGGCAUAGUGGAGCACACCUGUAAUCCCAGUGACUUGGGAGGCUGAGGCAGGAGAAUCUCACAUUCAAACCCGGUGUCAGCACUCAGGGCUGGGGAUUACCUUAGUGGUAAAGCAACCCUGGGUUCUUCUAUCCCUGCUACAAAAAAAAAAGAGGGGGGGGUUAGGGUCUAGCCCAUUGGUAGAGCACUUGCCUAGAAGAUGGGAGGCCCUGAGUUCUGUCCCCAGCACCACAACAAAUAAAUCCAGAUUCAAGCCCUGAAUAAUUGGAUUAAAACCCUAGGAAAAGUUAUUUUUAAUCAAUAUUAACAGGCACAUGUUUAUAAAAAAACUUUUUUAAUAACUGAAAUUUUAUCCGUAGGAUGAAUUUAAAAAUAAAGUCAGUGCAUGGUGGUGUGUACCUGUAAUU